GCCCCACACUUAGUAGCUAUAAGUCAUAAUCUGAAAUAUUAUGAGCCACCUUUUGUAGAUAUCAAAAGUAAAAUGGGAACUAGCGGUGUAAUAUUUGUCAUGUGACCUAUAUUAGUACUGGAAUAUUGUUACUGAUGGAUUAAUGACUAAACUACAUCAUACUGUAAGUCACACCUUUGUUUUAGGCUAUAGGUAAAGUUGUUAAGUCACCAAAUAGUGGAAUAAAAAGUACAGUACUGAUCUUUGAAAUGAGGCCUGUGGUGUAGAAGCACCUUCUCUGAGUCAGUAUGUGUUAAGUGUUACCGCAGUAGGACGCAUAGAAAACUAUCUGAUCUGACAAAUAUGUGUUUGUGAAUGGCCUCCAUGCAGUGCAUGAGAUGCAACUAAUUUAUUUCUCAUCAAGCGAGAUUUCUGACUUUGAAUUUCAUCCCCCGGUAAUGGAUUGGACACGGAGAUUCAGUGUCGCUUGAAAGAGGGCCGAGGCAUGUAUCAUUCCUCUCUCUGUUUCCCAUUUGGCCUCUCUGUUUUUUUGGCUGUAACAUCCAAUUUCAGUAAGAUCACUUACAUUCCCAAAUUGUCACGUUCGUCAGCGUAAAGACUUGUGUGUUUUAGGAAUAAUACAAUCCAAGAAAGGCAAAUAAAUAGUCCUAACAGAGCUUUUAGAGUCUACUGAAACAGGUUUACUCAAAUUGCUGGCAACAUUUAAGUCUACGUUUUGGGAUUAUAAGGCCUGUAAAAGCCUGUUGCCCACCUGCCACUUCAUUACGAUUUGGCUUGAGUUAGGGCUGAAUCAGGCUGUAGGCCCUACAUCAUAAUCCAGCCAUUCCUCAUAGCUCACCUGUUUUUUUUUUUACAAAUGUAAAAUCAAUCAAAAACAAACUGACGCGUCCCCUGUCUUUAAAGCCACGCUAUGCCAACUCGCAGAAUUCAUCCAUCUGUGGGUAUGAUAAUAACCUUUUGCCAGAAGAUAAUGACAACCUAGCAGGAGAAAGACCCCCCGUUCACCCUGCUUACUCUAAACUCAGCGGCUACCCAUUGUCUUCCCAAGUUUUUGACAGCAAGCACAACAUUUGAAGUGCGUUUUUCCAAAAGCCAUAGAAGAAGUGAAUGUUAAUUGAAACCUAGUUAUCCUGUAGGAUAUCUCCUCCCUGCGUAAAUGAAGGUGAAUGACAGUGAUUUAACUGGAACCCCAUCGGGUGUCCGUUACGCUUCCAUAGUCCAUAGGUGGGAGGAUUAAAACAUGAAAGGGCCGAUCAGGUGCAGGGGUGUUUUUCAGCUUUAGUCUUGUAUAAAUUACACGAAGGUUUUAGGUGUUUUCCUUCAAGGCGUCGACUAAACACAGAGACAGAAAACAUAGCCUAAAAGCACUUAUUAUAAUUUCCAUCGGGCUCAUAUUUGCUUUUAAAUUUAGAGCUUGCAUUUAUAAAUUCGCUGUUGCAUUGGACACGUACUACCUUAAACUCCACCAUGACAUGAAGGGCUGGUUCUGAUGCUGCUCUGCCAUGCGUCCAAAAUCAGGGAUUAAAUUAAUGAGAAUUACAUUUUAUUUUUUAUUCUUUUGGGAAAAAAAGGUUCUUCUCGCGCAACGGUCCAGGGAUCAACUUUGAUAAUCACACUGCGAGGACGAAGUUACCAUUCUGUGGGUGAUGGACAGUGAAGUAAGACCAGCUUUUGUCUGGUUUCAAAGCGCUCAGCCAUUGCUUCAGUGAUUGAUUAGGAACUAAAGGAUGCUGCACGAUUCUCAAUGAGAGAAGACUGCGGCUGAACUUUACCAGCUCGCUCCCCUAUUCUCUUUAUUUGGCGGUGACUAUAUUGAUUAUUAGUCAUCUGGGGAUGAGAAUACACCCUCGUCUGAAUAGUGGCACAAAGCUAGACUGGCUUUACGGCCGCCCUGGCGUCGUAUCCUGCUGUGGCGCAAGUCCCCCUUCAGACUUUUCUCGGCUGGCUGGUGCUGUGUCUGAAAACCAUAAUAAAUUCCUAGAGGUGUACACACUUUAGCACCAUUUGUGUCAUAUAUGAGGCCAUGGAGUGGAAACAAAUUAGGGGUCGUGCACGAUAGCAUGCAUUAAACAGUUUAGAGAUGUCAUUACGCGCAGACUGGUGACAAAACGGACAAUAGGCCUAAAUGAAAUUCCUAUUUCUAUUUAAUCAGUCAGCAGUAAAGGCAUAAGUCAUCCAAUUUUGGUUUCCACCUCAUAAGAAUAUUUCCCAUAUUAUGUUAUACCAUAGCCUGAAGCUGAAUAAAGCUGUUAUCAAACUUUUUUUUUAAAUCUUGGUUUUAAUUAAUAGGUGAGCGGAAGCAAACUAACUUAGUGGAAACCAGCCGAAGUCAAAGAUAAUGUCACGAACAAUGGAAUGCAUCUGUGCAUGUGCGCAAUAGACGGGCCAAAACGGAAAGAUUUGUCAGUCACCUUUGAAUUUUGUCAAGACAACGUGGCUGGUGAUGUUGGUGUUACAAUAGAGCCAGAGAUUGACUCAGUUGUUAAUGAAUAUGCAAACAAAUAGGGACAGAGACUCUUACGUUGUAUUUCUGAAAUUAUUUUGAUGCAGUGUUUAGUGGUGGUAAUCUAUUGGCCUAUAAAGCGUUUCUAAUAUUUGCACUUCCUUAGAGACAAAUAAUCACAGGCAAAAGUUAAAGAAAUGUAGAAUUCAUUUUAAAAAGUUUGUUUGUUACCCCAUACAAUAGUUUAUGUAGUAAACUACUUGGCAUAGGCCCACUGUGUAUGCAGAGCUAAAUUCUAUCCUGUAUUCGUUUUAAAAGAUUUGAAUGGAGGGGAAAGAUGAUUAACCGACAGUGAUUUGCUGGAACAAGCUCACAUCAGAAUAUAUCUGUGCCUCAGUGCUAAAUAGCUUUGUGAUUAACUUAUCACCUUAACCAGAUAAUUAGCCUAUACCUCCACAUUCCCCUCAGUAGUUCGCCCAAAUCGGAGCUCAAGAGUUUUUGGUGGUAUGACUCUGACAUAGCUUUGAGUUUUGACGCCUCAGUCUUGUCCGCCCCCGAACUGCGACAGCCCAUCUGAUUGGACAAAAGUUUUCAGCCUCGGCCAAUCCUCGCUCUUUGCCGCACAACGGAUGUACGGGUUCGACCAAUCACAGUCUGGAGCGCUGACGCGGGGGGGGGACAGAGAAGAGCUCUGCUACUUUUGACGGUCUCCCUUCACUUUGAACCGGUGUCAACAAAUAACAACAACAGCAUUAGUAUCACAGCCUUGGCAAACACACUGCCAAGAGUCCCAGUAGGACUACUGGCGAUUAAAACAGUAGACUGAGAAGGUAACUCCUUUGAACAUCCCCAAACCAGAUAUUCUUCAUUUUCCCUCUUCAAAUUGGACCUCUCAAGGGGUUGUGGCUGCCCCGGGACACUGGUGCUCGGCUGUAGCCCGGGUGCGGCUAACCCCAACCGAAGCUAACCGAGGCUAAUCUUCCAGGAAGCUUCUCACAGGCGAAAAGACGAUUUUAAACGACGUCCUCCUGUUGCAAACUCGGCGUUGGAGCAGCAGCCUCCCAGUUAGAAGGAGAUCUUUACUGGGGUGUUGGAGGUAUGACUGCGUUGGCGGGGUCAAUACCCAGGAUGAUGCGACCCACGCUGGCUCAGAACUACCCCCGCAGUGGCUUCCCACUGGAAGUGUCUACCCCGUUGGGUCAAGGUCGAGUGAACCAGCUCGGAGGAGUUUUCAUAAAUGGCAGACCUUUGCCCAACCACAUCCGACAUAAGAUCGUGGAGAUGGCCCACCACGGUAUUAGGCCGUGUGUCAUCUCCCGACAGCUCCGGGUCUCCCACGGCUGCGUGUCUAAAAUCCUGUGCCGGUACCAGGAGACGGGUUCCAUAAGACCCGGGGCCAUCGGAGGCAGCAAACCCAAGCAGGGAACAACGCCCGACGUGGAGAAGAGAAUAGAAGAGUACAAGAGGGAAAACCCGGGUAUGUUUAGCUGGGAGAUCCGGGAUAAACUACUGAAGGAUGGGAUAUGUGACCGCAACAACGUGCCUUCAGUGAGCUCCAUCAGUCGCAUCAUGCGGAGUAAGUUCGGGGGGAAAGGCGAUGAAGAAGAGGAUGAAGAUGAAAUUGAGAAGAAAGAGAUGGAGGAGAACGACCGGAGGGCCAAACACAGCAUUGAAGGCAUUUUAGGAGACAGAUCAAGUCACUCAGAUGAGGGUUCAGACGUGGAGUCAGAGCCCGAUCUGCCACUGAAGAGGAAGCAGCGGCGCAGUCGGACCACCUUCACAGCAGAGCAGCUAGAGGAGCUGGAGAGAGCCUUCGAGAGAACCCACUACCCUGACAUCUACACCAGGGAGGAGCUGGCCCAGAGGGCCAAACUCACUGAGGCCAGGGUGCAGGUGUGGUUCAGCAACAGGCGGGCAAGAUGGAGGAAGCAAGCAGGAGCCAAUCAACUGAUGACAUUUAAUCACCUGAUCCCAGGAGGUUUCGCACCUUCUGCUAUGUCCAGCAUCCCACCUUACCAGCUCUCUGACAGCACCUACCCCACUUCAUCUAUAGCACAAGUGUCAGAGCCCCCCAGCACGGUGCAUCGGCCCCAGCCUCUCCCUCCUUCCUCGGGCCACCAGGCCUCUGGUGGUGGGGGACAGGGAGAAGGAGGCUCUGCCUACUGCCUCGCCUCCGGGCGCCACUCCUUCUCAGGCUACUCAGACAGCUUUGUGAGCCCUGGAGGACCGGCCAAUCCUAUGAACCCCGCCAUAGGAAACGGGCUCUCUCCACAGGUGAGACAGGUGAUGGGUUUGCUGAAUCCAGGCGGUGUGCCACAUCAGCCCCAGAGCGACUACGCCAUCUCCCCUCUGACGGGCGGCCUCGAGCCUCCUGCCGGCAUGGCCGCCAGCUGCAGCCAGCGCAUGGAUCACAUCAAGGGCCUGGAGGGUCUCACCAGCGUUCCCUCCAUGUCAGCUCUGCCCUCCCUGCCCAGCUCCCAGUCUUACUGUCCCCCCUCCUACAGCUCACCAGGCUACACCGUCGACCACAUGGCGCCCUACCAGUACAGCCAGUACGGACAAAGUAAGGUGCCCUUCCUUAUCUGAGGCCUGAAAUCACCUGAUCAGAAGCUCUGGAAUUUACAGAGGAACAAUUUGUGUGUACAAUGAUGGAAAUGUUUUAAUAUCUGGACCAAAAUAUUGCUGCCAUUUACCAGGAGACAUUCUCUACUGCAGGACGUUAUAAGAUUAAUUCUUGGUGGAAAAACGGACAAAAGAAGAAGGGACCGCAAGAAGGAAUAUCAAACCAAAAGCAGUUAACUGACUGUGCUGCAUUAGUAUUGUUAAUGAACGGAAGAGAUGUCAGCGCUUAAUGCAGUUGGUUCAGUGAAGUUGUGACGAUCUAUAGUGCCAUGAGGAAGCACUUUCCACAGGCAAAUCCAGUGACCAAACACCAUCUGUGGACUCUGCUUUUGGGGUCUUUUUAAGGACAGCAAAUGAAAAUCUAUCAUCGCAGACUACCAGCCUUUAGGCCAAUGCUUAAAGGAGGAUGUUUACAUAUUUUAGGGCCACUUGAGUACAUACAAAAUUCCACAUAUCUCCAAAUUAAUCCCCAAAUUGUAUCAGCUAAAAGGAGAAAAGAAAGGGGCUUUGUUGAUUUUACUGCAUUUAUUUGAGCCCUCUGCAUCCCACACAUGGAGAGAAAUUCCAGAGAGAAGGAAAACAAACGUGAGCAAAUGAAUCUGUGGGUUUUAUUGUAUCAGAAACUCUAAUGUACACCACAGCUGUACUGAGAAAGUUCACUCAGACAUUCCUCCACCUCCCGAUUCUCCCUCACUCUCUGCUGUCCUUCUGUCCCGCUGAUGUUUCAGACGGUGAGGAAGAGGUCUUGGCCUUUUGUAGUUUUAGAGAGAGACUCAGAGGAGGUCAGGGGGUGACUUUAGGAAACGUGACAGAUGAGAAAGCUGUAGAGGAGGGCGGUGGAGUAGUGGCUUUAAAGGUGGGGGGAAGUAGGCAAAAUCGAUCACACGGUUUAAAAAAAAAAACCCUUUAAAGAUCCUCUCCCAUCAAGAAAAAGCCACCGGGUCACAAGUCACGACCGAAAGACUGAGACCGUCUUUAGUUAAUGAUAAAGGCAGUCAUUCUCCUAGUUGACCAGAAGUGCAAUAUCACAUAUCUCAGAGUCAACCUCACUAUUCAAACAAUAUAAUAAAUUCAAAUGUGCCUCUGAAAGUCUUACAAAACACUCUGGAGUCAAACUCUGGGUCGACUCUGGAACUCCAGAGCAACAUGUGCCUUUGAAGGCUUUUGGGUCCAAAUCAAAUAGGAAACACUGUUAACGUUUCUAUAACAACACCAUGAAGGGACCACAGUUGUCCAAACUUAAGUUAACAUAGCAUCAUGAGGGAAAGAAUGAAUCAAGAGAAUGCCAGUGUAAACAUAAAAUCUCCAGGAAUGACAAAGCCAAAAUUAUAUAUUCUUUAUUAUUUUGUGUUGCUUGGGACCCUUUCUGGUUCUCUUUAGCAGGAGCAGGAAAUACUGAUUAAAUCUCUAGUGCAUUUCAAACAUAUUUAUUGUCACAAAUGUACUGUAUUUCAACAGUGUCAUUGUAAAAAUUUCCACAAGGUACAAGUGACAAGCAAUACUUUAUCCAUCAAAUUAAAGCUCAGAAUAGCCGAGUGCUUUCAUAAGCGCUCUUGUUUUGUCCACGUGUCUGCAUUAGAAUGAACCAGUCCUUUCAUUCAUUUGAUAUAUUUUGUAUUAUUUGACAAAGUGAUAUGACAUAAUGUCAUGUUUACAAGCGCAU